AUAGUGACGAUGGGGGGGAUCGAACCGACGAUCUCUUGCACCAUGUGUCCUUAUGUUUCUCCAUUGGGAUUGUUUGCCCGUCGUGGACGCGAUGGACUCACCGCCGCACACGAAAGGAGGACUGCGCAAGAUCCUGUCGGGGAACGAAGAGAUGGGGAUCCAAAUGGAAGGUGAAGCCGACGACAUGGAUGGGUUUCAACCAGCCGUCCCCGUGGUCCGAUCGGACAUGGUUGUGCACACCACAUUCUUCAACGCGUUCCAAGAUGACUUUGACGACGACGAUCUCGCCUAGGCUUGUCAGCGACGACUGCCCCUCCCGACGUCGUCACUAUGGUAAUACCUGAAUCCAUGCUUUCCUUCUUCGCA